AGGCUCUCCUCUCAGCUCCUUUCCCUGGCUGGAACCGAGCGUAUUUUUUGCACUAGAAAGAGACCAUCUGUGUCGGUAUGACUUAGGUGCUACUCUGUGACUCCACCCAAAUAAUGUUGUGAAAUACGCAAGCACUUCGCAAACUUGAAUGCGAGCUGGCAGGCACCCAAACGCACGCGCGCACAGACACACACACACACACACACACUUUCUGCAGCAGUGUGCAGCCUACGGGACGCUAGCCUCUCUUCCGCGCAGCGCAGACAGUUUUACGCGGUUUGAGAGGGGUGAAGAAAUGGUCGACGCAAAAGGUCGGCUGUCUGGAGUGGACUGACUCGGAUAUUCCCAAUAUUCCCGCUUCCAAUACGUUGGAUACACGGUCCUCUGCAGGGUAAUAACGCGGAGCUGACCGGUUAUCACAAAGUGAUUACCAAGAGCUGGGAUGCCUUGUCUCUCCAAAGAAUGUGUGUGUUGGAAUUCUGCUGAGCCCAGCAGCAGCCAGACCGAGGCUGCCUCGCUACCCGCCCCCAUUGGAUGAGUACGACAUUCCCAUAGAGGGGGGGACGGGGAAGCAUUUCAUGCAGCCUCUGAACUGUCCCUAACCCGUCACCUUUGACCCCUCAGGGGUGAAGCCCUGUCGCCCCACCUCAAGCCGCCACCAUGCCGAUCAUCAGCAAUGCCAACCAUGACUUCAGCAACCUGUCGCUUAGCGACGACAGCAGCCUGGACCACAUCUUCACCGAGAUCCCCGAGACGGAGACCAUCAAGGGCGAGUACUACAAGCGCGCCAAGUUCGUCCGCCGGCCCGAGGACCUGCUGUCGGUGGACCCGGCCGUGCAGGCGGUCAUCAACGUGGGCGGCAACCGCUACACCUUCCCCUGGAGCACGCUGGAGCAGUUCCCUCUGACGCGGCUGGGCCGCCUGCGCCCGUCCAGCAGCCCCGAGGAGAUCGCGGGCGUCUGCGACGACUACGACGAGGCGCGCCGCGAGUUCUUCUUCGACCGCAGCCCGUCGGCGUUCCGCGUCAUCCUCAACUUCCUGGCGGCAGGCAAGCUGCGUCUCCUGCGCGAGAUGUGCGUGCUCUCGCUGCACGAGGAGCUCACCUACUGGGGCGUGGAGAUGGCCUACAUGGAGCGCUGCUGCAAGCGCAAGCUCUUCACGCGCAUGGAGGAGGUGGCCGAGAUGGAGCGCCGCGAGGAGGAGGGGAGGCAGUGGGCCACACAGCAGCGACCCCCGGUGGCCGAGACGCGCUACCGCAAGAUGAUGGCGAGUCUGCGGGAUAUGGUGGAGAACCCGCAGUCGGGGCUGCCGGGGAAGAUCUUCGCCUGCCUGUCCGUCAUCAUGGUGGCCAUCACCGUCAUCAGCCUUUGCAUCAGCACCAUGCCCGACCUGAGAGAGGAAGAGAACAGGGGCGAGUGCUCGCAGAAGUGUAAGCACAUGUUCAUUGUGGAGACGGUGUGUGUGGCCUGGUUCUCGCUGGAGUUCGUCCUGCGCUUCAUCCAGGCGCGCAGCAAGCUGGAGUUCCUCCGUGGGCCGCUCAACAUCAUCGACGCCAUGGCCAUCCUGCCCUACUACGUGUCCCUGAUCGUGGACGAGGAGGACCCGUCGCUGGCCGAGCACGACCGUCCAGGGGGCGGCCGGGGCUACCUGGACAAGCUGGGCCUGGUGCUGCGCAUCCUGCGCGCGCUGCGGAUCCUCUACGUGAUGCGGCUGGCUCGCCACUCGCUGGGCCUGCAGACGCUGGGCCUGACUGUGCGGCGUAGCACGCGGGAGUUCGGCCUGCUGCUCCUCUUCCUGUGCGUGGCCGUCACGCUUUUCUCGCCGCUGGUGCACCUGGCCGAGAGCGAGCUGACCACCACGGGCGCGCAGGACUUCAGCAGCAUCCCCGCCUCCUACUGGUGGGCCAUCAUCUCCAUGACGACGGUGGGCUACGGCGACAUGGUGCCGCGCUCCAUCCCCGGCCAGGUGGUGGCGCUCAGCAGCAUCCUGAGCGGCAUCCUCAUCAUGGCCUUCCCCGCCACCUCCAUCUUCCACAUGUUCUCGCGCUCCUACCAGGAGCUCAAGGCCGAGCACGACCGCAUGCUGAAGGAGGAGAUGGCCGCCGCCGCCGCCAACUCCUCAGGGGGCGACUUCGACGGGGAGGGAGGAGGUGGGGGGUGUCCUGACUACCCCCCACCGGGGCUGUCCGCCACCCUGGAGACCAACACCCCCGGCUCCCUGGAGGACAUCUCGCUGCUGGGGAAUGGAGCGGAGCGCUCGGGGAGCCACCGGAACGAUCUCCCGGCCAGCGCCUUCUGAGCCACACUUCACACUCGAGGUCGGGUGGAGGUUGCGGGACUCAGACAUUAAAGAGACUGACACACACACACACAAACACACACACACACACACACACACACACACACACAGACAGACAGA